GGCAAAGCUUCGACGCUUUAGCUGCGGGGCUUUUGCCACUUUCGUGCUUCAUGUGAUCUCCUUUUGCAUACGAAUCCCCCCACCAGUCCACCAUCUCCUUGUCCUCUUCCUUCCCAUCCAGAUCGAAUCCAUUCUCCCACUUUCUCUCUCUACCCCCCUCAGUCCUCCCACGUAUCUUCUCCAUCACCCAUCCCUCAACUCUUCGUACCUCUGCAAAGCCCAUCCAUGGCGUCGUCUCACUCUCCCAAAUCGCCUACUUAACUUUCACUCUAUCUCCAAAGCCCGACCCGUCGACCCGCCCGCUUUCCCCCGGCGCCGGAAUGUUGCCCCACGUCGCCCAACACAUCCGCCGCGAAAAGCUCCGCGUUCAGCCCUCUUAUGAUCCCUCCACCUUACCGCCUCAAUUAGAUUUUCCCGCCUCCGAUUCUUCCUCUUUUUUAAACCCAUUCGAACCCUCCUCCGCUCUUUGGAAAACCGAUUGGAUUCUCCACAACUGCACCAAUCCCGCCGAGUUGCAUUUGCCCUCUUUACCCUUUUCCCCAUACCCUCUCCACGAGGUCGUCAGCUCCUCUGGAUUAGAUUUGUCGCCGUCGCCUGCUCUUCUGCCUCCUCCCCCGCCCUUCGACAGCGGGAACGAACUACUUCUGCUUCCAAACUACGCCAGCGCAAACUCAGGCUCUGUUUGGACCGCGAGAUCUCAUUCCGACGGCCAAAGGCUAUCGCUCUCGCUGGCUUCGAACCCUCCGCAAGAGAUUCUCGCCGAUAGAUGGCUUCCGGUUCAAGGAAUUAGCGGCGGGCGGCAAACCGCCGGCCCGCUCGGUCCUUUCACCGGCUACGCGGCGAUAUUGAAGUCUUCUAGGUUCUUGAAGCCGGCGCAGCAGCUUCUUGAUGAGUUUUGUAGCGUGGUGACUGGUGCGAGGGUCGGGAAGGAUUAUGAUAGCGGGAGCUCUGUGGCGGCUUCCUCUUCUUCUUUUCAGAGCUCGACGGACAUUGUAGGUGUUGAAGGCGGCGGCGGUUGUCAUAGUGGUGAGAUUCAGUACUGGCCGGAGGUCGAGCAGAAGAAAGCCAAGCUGCUUUACAUGCAAGAAGAGGUUUGCAGAAGAUAUAAGCAGUACCACCAACAAAUGCAAAUGGUGGUUUCCUCAUUUGAAUCUGUUGCAGGCCUGAGCUCUGCCACACCCUACACUACCUUAGCCUUGAAAGCUGUUUCUAAGCACUUCCGAUGCUUAAAGAGUGCAAUAUCUGACCAGCUUAGGCAUGUCUGCAAUGUCCUUGGUGAGGAACUAAUGGCUUCAUCUCCUAGUUCCAGUAGAAAUGACAACUUGACCAUUCCAAAGCUAAAAUACAUUGACCAGACUGUCCGACGGCAAAAGAGUGGUGAUGGCAACCUCAGCUUCUCUGAUAACACCCACCCCAUUUGGAGGCCUCAGAGAGGCCUUCCUGAACGUGCAGUAUCUGUUUUAAGAGCCUGGUUAUUUGAUCACUUCCUCCAUCCGUAUCCAACUGAUACUGACAAGCAUAUGCUCGCAACUCAGACUGGUCUGUCCAGGAACCAGGUUUCGAAUUGGUUCAUCAAUGCCCGGGUCCGAUUGUGGAAGCCCAUGGUGGAAGAGAUCCACAUGCUUGAGACCAAAGGCAUGGCCGGAAUGGACCUGAAUUCAUCAAGCAAGACCAUGGCAGACAAAGCUACAAUCGUUCAAAGAUCCGAAGCGCAAUCGAGCAAACAUGUCCUUGUUUCUUCCUCUGAUGAAAUGCCAAUGGCGAAGAGCUCUCAUUGCUUGGAGCACUGGCAUGAGGGGAAGAGAUCGAGGAUCGAAGAUUGCGCCAUGGAUGCUGGGCUGAUGAGCUUCGCAUACCAAGGAGGGAUGGAUAUAGGCGGGCUGGGUGCUGUUUCCUUGACUCUGGGACUCCGGCAAGGAGAGGGAAUACAGCCAGAGCAGCAGAUGAGGCAUUUUGGACAUCAAAUGCUUCAUGAUUUUGUUGGCUGAAGCUCCUUUUGGCUUAGAUUUCUCUGCAUAUUUAUUCUAUAUUUUAGUAAUCAAGAAUCAGGUUUCAAUGUUAUGGUGAAAUAUUGAUAAUAGAUUAUUUACAUGGGAGUAAGGCUGGUUUUGGAAAGGAAUUAGUUAUAUAGCUGGGUUGGAGGAUCAAGUUGGGGGAAUUGGAGAUAUAUGUGGGAAGUAGAUUCAUCCUUUGUAUAUUGUUCAAGCUUUUGUUAUACUUCCCAUGGAAGAUACUAAGUUAUUAAUCAUCAUUCAAGGCUUCAUUCAAUA